AUGGAGUACUUCAAACACGGAAUCAUCGGGUGUAUGAGCCUGAGUCCCACGGUGGACACAGACAAUGAAGAAGCAGUUCAGCACAGCGCUAAAAUUGACAAAUUCCUAAAAUCAGAAAAGAAAAGCAUGGCCAGGACCACCAAGAUUCUCUUGCUUGGUGCUGGUGAGUCAGGGAAGUCGACAAUUAUCAAGCAAAUGCGCAUUCUCUACUCAGGUGGAUUCUCCGAAGAUGAACGCUGCCAGACACGAGUCGUGAUUUAUUCUAGCAUUGUCAUUGCCUUCAAGAUAGUGCUGGGUAUCAUGAGUGCGGAGAAUAUAGAUUUCGAGAUCGAGAGAGCCAAGUCAUCGGCCAAUUUCAUCGACAAAAUACAACCAGACAUGAACAUCGAUCGACCGUUUUUGGAUGUUUGCAAUGCCAUGAAGGAUCUGUGGAAAGAUCCAGGUGUUCAGAAAGCCAUUGCACGAAGCCGCCGUCAUGCUCUCCACGAUAACCUACUUUAUUUCUAUAAUUCCAUUGAUCGGAUCUCCGCUCCCGGGUGGCUUCCCGACAACCAGGACAUGCUACAAGCACGGCUGAGAACAACAGGAAUCAGUGAAUCCUUUUUUGGGCUAGGAUGUAUUAAUUGGCGAAUGAUUGAUGUGGGCGGACAACGGUCAGAGCGGAGGAAGUGGAUCCAUUGCUUCGAGGAUGUCGGGUGCCUUAUUUUCGUGGUUGCGCUAUCCGGCUACGACCAAAGCUUAGUGGAAGACCAGAACGCUAACCAAAUGCACGAGGCGAUGAUGCUCUUCGACCCGUUGGCCAACGGGAAAUGGUUCAAACGGAAGCCUAUCAUCCUCUUCUUGAACAAGAUUGAUCUAUUCAAGGAAAAGCUUGUUGUUUCACCUCUCUCUCAAUACUUUCCAGAUUUCACUGGUUCCAACAUAGACUUUGGUGCUGCAGCAGGGUACUUCACCAACCGCUUUCAUGGCAUCAACCGGACACGUGACCGUGAAAUCUACGUACACUACACCAAUGCUACCGACUCCACCUUACUGAAAGCGACGAUGGAUUCCGUACAAGAUAUGAUCAUCCAGAAAAACCUCUGCUCCUUGAACCUAUAG